AUGCCCCCCACCAUCGAACCCCGCUUCGCCCAACUCUUCCAAGAUCUAGAAUCCCGCUUCCAAAAGACCACCACACUCCCAUCCGACAAGUGGCCCAUCUUCGCCGCCGGAGCCCUCGUAGCGAGCCCGGACCACGAGCGCGCCGACCAGCUCUACCUCUACCUCACGCAGCAGCCCCAGCACGCCACCCCACCAGCCCGGCAGGCCCUCAUCCGACGCCUGCGCGAAGCGCUCUUCAAAAGCAUCAUCAUUGUCGGCGUCUGCAAGCCGAUCGAAGCCAUUCUGGCCAUCAGCAAGGUUGAGCGCGACGAAGACAAAGACUACACCUUCACGCGCGACGGGUGGACCAACGACGCCGCCAACCGCGAGCGCGGCCUCGGCUGGCUGGAGAGGCUGUAUGCGCGGAACACGUCCGGCACGCUGGACUUGUUCGCGGCGCACCGCGACUUUGCGUGGCUGUCGACGGAUAUCACGUACGGCUUGUUUCUGUCGGACCGGCAGGUGCUGGACGAUGUCGAUACGGAGAUGGUGGUGUUGCCGGCGAUUAUGAGCCAGAAUCUGAAGGCUGUGACGCACUGGCAUAUUCGGGGCACGCGGCGGCUGGGUCUGCCCAAGGAGGAUGUGCAGAUUGUGUGGGAUUGUGUGCAGCUGGUGGCCGGGUUCUUUGGGGUGAAGCUGGAUAAGGUGCCUACGGUUGAGGAGGUGGAGUAUGAUGUUUGA